CAAUAUUCGUCUGCUAGAAAUUACAUAAACAAAUUCAACAAAAUUGUUUUGGACCGUUGGACGUACAAUUUUACAAAUGGCUCAGUUAUUCUCUAACAAAUCGAAACUAGCAUCUAUUUUGCAGAAGUAUGGCCGUCAUAUAACAAGCAAACGUCUUAGCGAGUGUCGUUCUUUACUGUACCUACGCCGAGACGGUUUUGUGACCUCGUCCAAUCAAAUAAAUAAAACCUGGUUACACACUAAAAAUCUCCGUAUUGUGAAACAAGAAUAUUCUGCCGUUCUUCAACUUGUAAAAAGAUCACUUCCUAGAAAUCAUGGAUUCAAAAAUUGCACAAGAGGAUUUGCUUCUUCGUCUCACCACAUGCAAUCCAACAAAGAUCCGCCAGAUGACCAAAAGAAGAAUAAUGAAAACAAAGAUGAUAAUAACGACGACAAAAAAAUCACAUCCAUGUUGGCAAAAGCAAUGAUGUGGAUGUUUACUGGUUAUAUGUUGAUCACCAUUGUGUCACUUAUGUUUCCUGGGGGGAACCAACCAGAGAUCGUUAGAUAUGUCUCUUGGACGGAAUUUCUUCACCAUAUGCUGGCGAAGGGUGAAGUUGCCGAGAUAAUCGUUCGUCCUGAUGUGGACAUUGUUACGAUAGUCUUACAUCCAGGAGCUGUAAUCAAAGGCCGCAGGAUAGAUCAUCGAACAUUUCACAUGAACAUAAUUGACACUAACAAGUUUGAAGAAAAGUUGCGAGCUGCAGAACAGCGAUUAGGUAUCUCUGCUGGACAAGGUGUUCCCAUCGUUUACGAACGAACAGAUACAGCCGGCCGGUUAUUGACCACUUUAAUUGCUGCCGCCAUUAUCAUCUCCAUUAUCUCCCGUAUGAAGUUUAAAUCGCCUAUUUCGAUGGACUCCUUUACGCAAAUGUCUCGAGCCAAAUUCACUCUAGUCGACCCUUUAACCGGUGGAGGCAAAGGAGUUCGAUUCGUUGACGUCGCUGGUCUCAAGGAGGUCAAAGUCGAAGUACUGGAGUUUGUCGAUUACCUUAAAAGGCCAGAACAUUACAAGAAAUUGGGGGCCAAAGUUCCUAAAGGAGCACUGUUGUUGGGCCCACCUGGCUGCGGAAAGACGUUACUGGCUAAAGCUGUCGCAACUGAAGCCUCUGUUCCGUUUCUGUCUAUGAAUGGCUCGGAAUUCAUCGAAAUGAUUGGAGGACUGGGAGCGGCCCGAGUCCGAGAUUUGUUCAAAGAGGCCCGGAAAAGAGCCCCUUGUAUUAUUUACAUUGACGAGAUCGAUGCUAUUGGCCGCCAGCGUUCUUCGGGCAGUGGUUCUUUCGACGGAGCAUCCGGUGAAAGUGAGCAGACAUUAAAUCAACUUUUGGUGGAGAUGGAUGGCAUGGCGACUCGCGAAGGUGUCUUGAUGCUGGCCUCGACCAAUCGAGCCGACGUGCUAGACAAAGCCCUUCUGCGACCUGGCCGUUUUGAUCGUCAUAUCAUGAUCGAUCUACCUACACUCGAGGAGCGCAAAGAGAUCUUUGAGCACCACUUGAAAUCGAUCAAAAUGGAGAAGACUCCUUCAUUCUAUUCCAAGAGGAUGGCGUCUUUGACGCCCGGAUUCAGUGGCGCCGACAUUGCCAGCGUCUGCAACGAAGCCGCUCUUCGGGCCGCCCGCGACUUGGGCAAGGUAGUCACGGCCGCCCAUCUGGAAUACGCAGUCGAACGUGUGGUGGGCGGAUUGGAGAAAAGGUCGUCAGUCAUCGCUCCUAAAGAGAAGCGGAUUGUGGCUUAUCACGAGUGCGGUCACGCUCUGGUCGGAUGGCUCCUUCCGCACACGGACGCUCUGCUCAAAGUGACCAUUGUUCCCCGUACGAGCCAGGCCCUGGGAUUCGCCCAGUACACGCCGACCGACAAGCGACUCUUCUCUACUGAAGAACUGUUCGAGCGGAUGUGCAUGGCCUUGGGCGGCCGAGUGGCCGAAUCCAUCACAUUCAACCGAGUGACAACCGGAGCUCAAAACGAUCUCCAGAAAGUCACGAAAAUUGCGUACUCGCAGGUGAGAACGUAUGGAAUGAGCGAAUCAAUGGGUCCCAUUUCCUUCCCGGAUGAGGAUCGCAAUUCCAGGGAAUUUGGCCGUCGACCUUACAGCAAAAGAUUGGCCAACACGAUGGAUGACGAGGCUCGUAGCAUUAUCGCCCGUGCAUACAAGCGGACCGAGAGUAUUUUGCUCCAGCACCGCCACAUGCUCGAAAAGUUGGCGGAGGAGUUGCUGGUUAAAGAGACGCUCAGCUUCAAUGACGUGGAAGCUCUGAUCGGCCCUCCACCACACGGCCAGAAACAGUUUAUCGAACCUCUUCAGUUUGAAGCUGAGAUUAACGAGCAAGCGGGUAUUCCGCCCGGUAGAUCCCACCAACAGCCUCCACCUCGCUCUGGAGACUGAGAGAAAGCUUUCUUUUCCCUUUGUAAGCUUUCAUAGAUUCAAGUUCUAUAUAGAGGAUAAAUAUACGGUGAUGUAUAAAAUACAAACAGACACCCGACCGA